UUAGCAGUUGAUGGGGGCUCUCUUUGACAUUCAAUCAUUUUCCGAGCGUGAUACGCUUAAUUGCGGACGUUCGGCGGGGCGCGCAAUCAGCGCGAACGUGUAGGCUGCGUUCACCCGAGUGCGCAGACAGCGUCGCAAUGGACGACGCGGCGAACAUGCCGUCGCUGCAAGCGGUCGUCCAAGCCAUCCACGCGCUGUACACACAACCCGACACCACGGGCAAGGAGAAAGCAUCGGUGUGGCUCGGCGAACUGCAGAGAUCCGUCUGCGCCUGGAGGAUCGCAGACGAACUCCUGCAGCAGAAUGUGGAUCUCGAGUCCUGCUACUUCGCGGCUCAGACCAUGCGAACAAAGAUCCAGUACGUGUUCCACGAACUGCCUCCCGAAUCCCACGCGUCUCUGCGAGACUCGCUCAUGGAGCACUUGGCAAAGGUCAGCAAAGACACGGCACCCGUUAUUGUUACACAGUUGUCUCUUGCCAUGGCCGAUCUUGCCCUGCAGAUGGCAUCCUGGAAGUCCUUUGUUGUUGACCUAAUAUCAAGGUUUGGCUGCAGUAUCACUCACAUUCCCGUUCUUCUCGAAGUGCUGACCGUGCUGCCCGAAGAGCUCAACAGUCGGCCACUCCGGCUUGGUGCGAACCGGCGCAAUGAGAUCAUUGAACUCUUCAAUCAAGUUUCGGGGCAGGUGGUGCAACUGCUGGACGCGUGCCUGCAGCCCGCGCAGAGUCCCGACGAGCGAGUACGUGCUCGAGUGUUCCGCUGUCUGGGAAGCUGGUUCUCCGUGGGCGGCCUCCGGCUAGACCACCCGACGUUGCAUAAGCUUCUUGCCAGCGUGUUUGAUGCCCUGAAGAGCCCGAGCACGACUUCGUCCGUGCACGAGACGGCGUCUGACUGCAUCUGCAAUGCGCUCAUGCUGCUCGGGCAACACUCGUCUCAGACCCAAGUGCUGGCCCAAGUCUUGGUGCAAGGCGUGUACUCCCUCGUCGAGCCUUAUCACUUGUCGGUCGCUCACGAAGACCUCGACAGAUCGGUGAACUACUGCCGCAUCUUCACCGAGCUGGCCGAGUCUCUGCUCGAUGACAUGAUCCAACAUCCGGGACAGGGCCUGGGGGAUCCACGUUGCUUGGACUUGUUGUUGACCUGCGUUGGACACUACGACUAUGAAGUGGCGGAAAUCACCUUCAACCUGUGGUACCGGCUCUCGGAGGCCCUCUACAAGGAGAGCAACGACAACCUCAACACCUUUUUCGGCCGGUACAUCCAGAUGCUCCUGGUUGCCCUCUGCCGACACUGCCAGCUGGAUCCGGACAAGGAAGGGGUGCCCUCGGAUAAGGACGACUUUGGCGACUUCCGGAACCGCGUUGCAGAACUCAUCAAGGAUGUGGUCUACCUCGUCGGAUCUGCCAACUGCUUUCGCCAGAUGUUUGAGAACCUGAAGAACCAGGGCGCCUCGGCCACAUGGGAUGUCACCGAGGCCACCCUGUUUGCCAUGGCUGCUGUGGCGAAAAACAUUGUGCCGGAGGAGAACGACACAGUCCCCGAGGUGGUGGAAGCCAUCUUGAAGCUGCCCGCGGAGUCGCACACGGCAGUGCGACACACCAGCAUCCAGCUCCUGGGUGAACUGUGCGAGUGGAUCGACAAGCACCCGCAGUACCUCGAUCCGGUGCUGACGUUCCUGCUGCAGGCUCUGCAGACGCCGAGCCUGGCCAGCGUGGCCGCAGCCUCCUUGCAGAAUGUGUGUGCCACCUGCCGCACGCAGAUGGUGGCACACUUCUCUGCCCUGCUGCACAUUGUCAGCGCCGUGGACACCCUGAGCGUCUCGACCAGCGCCGCUCUCGGGCUGCUCAAAGGUGCCGUCUUGGUCCUGGCAAAGAUGAGUCCCGAGCAGAUCACGGACGGAAUGCGGCAACUGUGCAGGCUGCAGACGGAGCGAUUAACGCGGGUCAUAAACGCCGAAGAGACAAAUGCCGAGGGGAGCCGGUCCGAGCCAAUCAUCUACCUUGACCGGCUGGCCGCUAUCUUCAGGAAUACCAAUGUGAACAUCCCGCCGGGCCAGCCCCACCCGUGCCAGCCGGUGGUGGAGGAGGUGUGGCCAGUGCUGUCCCAGGCAUGCCACCGGUACCAGGCGGACGAGAAGAUCACCGAGCAGUGCUGCCGGUGCAUCCGAUUUGCGGUGCGCUGCAUUGGUCGGCAUUCACACUCCUUGCUGCAGCCGCUCGUCACACAGAUGGUGCAGCUGUACCAAGUACACCAGCACUCCUGCUUCCUCUACCUGGGAAGCAUUCUGGUGGACGAGUACGGCUCCGAGGCCGGAUGCGUCCAGGGCCUCAUCGAAAUGCUGCAGGCAUUUUGUGGGCCUGCCUUCAGGCUGUUGGCAAACGCCGAUGCCCUCCGCAACCACCCUGACACGGUUGACGACUUGUUCAGGCUAUGCACAAGGUACAUCCAGCGGAUGCCCGUGGUGUUCCUGAAAAACCCUGCCCUGUCGGGGAUCAUCCAGUGCGCCCUGGCCGCCUGUCCGCUGGACCACCGGGAAGCCAACACGUCGGUGAUGAAGUUCCUCUGCGACCUCAUUCACUGUGGACGGUCCAAGAAGGAGAUGCCAGACUUUGCGGAGCGGCAGUCGCUCGUCGGAGCCUUGCUGGCGAGCCAGGGCCAGACGAUUGUGACCACGCUGAUCCAGUCGUCCAUCUUCUGCCUGCCCACUGCCUUAUUACCCGACGUGGCUGAGGUGCUCUACGAAAUGAUCGAGUUUGACCGGCAGGCCCUGACGACGUGGCUGGAGAACGCUCUGAAGCUUCUGCCAACGCACAGUAGUGGUGGAGCGGUGACGGCCACACCAGCGCAGCUGGAGGAGUUCCUUUCCACAGUUACUAGUGCGGAGCACAUGAGGAGCAUUUCGACAUCGCUACGGGACUUCUCUAGGCUGUACCGAUGAGAAAUUUGUGAAGCAAAAAAGAAAACUAAAAGAAAGACAUCUCACGGGACUUUUCUUACAGCCGUAGUGGAGCUGUUUAAUCAUUUUUGUCUAUCGCACCCCUCCUCGCGUGGUGUGACGACUCGUCGCAGCGUCUGGGAACUGCAUCAUUCAGCAUGGACGUCGUUAAGUUCUGGCAUAGAAGAUAUCGCUGUACUACCUGAGAAGUAUUGUAUUAAUUUUGUUUUUUGUUAUUUUCGUCUGUUUCAAGCCGAGUGGUUUGUCUUAAGACUCAAGAGUGCGCAUGCUCUCCCCAUUCCCAAGUGGCCUGUCCAAGCGUACUAUCCGUUUUUGUUUUUUUUGCUGGUGGCUGUGGCUCAGACUCAUUUGUACCUCUCUCGGAUUUCUAAGUGGCAUCUUAUUUGUGUAACUGACUUUGGCUACAGGUUGCAUUUGGCUUGGAUUUGCUUCAUCUUGGGUAUAAAGGUCUCGGCUUGAAAGAGGCCGUGUUCUCGAAGCUCAUCGCAUGUGCCACCUUGCAUGCUGCUCACUAAGUCAUUACUCCGUUUUUUUUCUUACUAUUAUUUAAUUGUUAAAGUUUCAGGACAGAGCCAGUUGGUGACAAUGAAUGCUCAAAGCACUGCACUGUUGUUUUAUACCUGUUGCAAGUCUGGGUGAAACGUUUCCACAAGGUUGCGUUUUGUACAUAUAUGCCUCUAAUUAUGUUUUGUUAAUCACCCAUAUGACUUUACUGUGUAAUAGCUAUCCUUAGUUUCUUAGUGGCACUAAUUGGUAGUGUCACGUGUUUAACGGGGAAAGGUGUCUUUAUUAUUUUGCCUCGGGCUCUUCGAAGGUGCGGCUUUAAUAACAGGAGGGGACACAUUCUAGUUGCUAAGUUCCAAAGAGGUUGCAUGAUCCAGAAUUAUUUCCAUAGACACUUUCUGUCGCCGCAAGCCAUUGAGGCUGUUGGAGCUGUUGUGUGCCGUUGUUGGAUUGCCUGGCCUAUUGAGCACUGGGUGCUUUUUGUGGCCAUGGCGUUGAAAGUUGCUUGGAAAGUUGGCAGCGGACCUCUUUCUGGAGGGGCGACAUCAGUAUGUAUCUGCAUGUUGCCUAUAUAUUUCGAUGUUACGCUUACGAUCGCCAUGCCGGGACAGACCGGCAUCAGGCUUGACCCGGAAAAGUGAUGGCUGCCUACUCCAAGACUGCGAUCUGGGCUCUAAACUCUAGAAUCGAUCAGAUCGGAGCAAAAUUUAGAAAUUAUAGACUCUACGUUCGUUCUUGAGUGCCACCGCAAGCAAGUACUAGAAAGGAGACUACUGCCGGGGUGUCUCCAAGUUGCAUGGUUACAUAUUUUGGUUAGUUCCGACAGUUGCAGUGCGUACGAAAAUGCAGAAUGUGCGGCGAACAUGGCUGGCUGUUGGUUUUUCUUUUCUAAACUAGAUGGUUUAAGAGGUAAGGAGUUGUUCCAUGCUGCAGUUGAUCGGAGACCGAAUUUCCUGAAGCAUGCCUGUGUUCAAAUCUCUAUGCAUUUGUUCGAAGAACAAGCUUUGGUGGGUAUGCAUGCGUGUUCAAAGUCUUCGUGCUAUGCCCUUGGAUAGAUGACCGGCUUUUGAGCACAGAUUGUAAUGCUUGGCUUAAGCCUCUGCUCGAUGGUGGCAUUUUACCAUUGGAGGUGCUUGCCAGUGGUUGCUUUGCCUGGACAGAUUUGGGGAUAAUCAAGGGCAUCUGGGGACAGAAUUGUUGGUGCAAGAGCAUUGAGUUGUUUUGGGGAGAAGUGGUCUAUGUGCAGUGGCCGGUGCUUCACCGCUUCAAGCCUGAUGGUCGGUCAUUUUGAAGUGACCAAACUGUGUUUCUUGGGUUGUGGCUAUUGGUGGGCUUUAACCACCGAAUAAAAAAAAAAUCAAUAAAUAAAUGCUACCUGCACAUUGUAUGCUAGACAUUAUCAACUGCAGUGGCUGAGUAUAAAGCACCUGUAGCACACAACACAUACGUUGACGUUUUUGUGCCCUUCAAAUUGCAAAAAAGUUUUAAAAAGAUGUGUGGACCUUGUAGAGGCAGGUGGGAAAUAUCUGAGGCUUGUGUGCUUGUUUAGAACUGUUGAAGGGUGCAUUGUUAUGGGGCCAAGUUCAGAGCAGUGGCCUGGUGAGUGGCAGUGGCCUGAUGUUUGGUCUGCUGCGUGUUUUAGCAAGUGCUUUUCUUGGUUGAGAAGUUGCCUCCUAAUGCAGCGCAUGCAAGCUGCAUCAUAUCGGUUGUCUGUAGAACUGCCUUGAAAGAUUUUAUUACUACCAAGGCUCCCUUGUGGGAGCCUGUUAUGCCUACUUACUAGCAACCUAUUGACUUUGUAUAACGUUAUGAACACGGUGCCCUAUCUAACUACAAGAUCUUAAGAGAUGUAUAAUUGUCCUUGAUAGGAGCAAGUUCAUUAUAAGGCAGUUUUUCAGGACGUAUGCAUUUGACGUGUGACCAUACUGUGCUAUAAAAAAAAUACCCACACUGAUGAGUCUGCAAUAAGACCUGCAAUGAAGAAAAGGUUGUCUCUAUGUUCUAGAAACUUUAUGUAGUGAGCAUUUCUUCAAAAUGCUGGUGCUCCCUUAAACAAAAAAAAAAAGCUUGCCCCUAACCUCGCUUUCUAGUGCCUAAAAUCGGGCUUUAUUAUGGGCAUAUUUUCGUAAAGUAUUUCAAGGUAUUCUGUUGUGUAGUACGGAGUAUAGAUAAUUUUGGGAGACAUGUCUGUGGGGCUAAAGAGCUAUUUUGGAAGCCUAUGUUCUUACUUGUGGUGUCAUUCACCUGUGUUCCUGCAGUCAACGUCCUUCACUAUAAUAUUGUGGGACAUGUCACGAUCAUCCUGGACACUACUGUGCUCCAGACAAAAGAAAAAUCGGAUCUUUGAUAAAUUGGUGAUUUAACACCAGAUAACAAGCUGCGAAAACUAGCCUGGACAUAUCGGACCCCAGCCAACAAACAGGGGGGGGGGGGGGGGGGAGGGAAUGCAUGUGUGAGCUCCAGUCUGAUACUUUGAGCAUGACUGAAUUAAAAUGUGUUUAAAGUGAACUAGGAACUUGACUGCACUAAGCAUUCGUUGUUCAGUACCGUGCAGUCUUCCAGUAAUUGAGGAAGUAAUAAGAUAUUUUUUUUUUCUGACAAUACUUCAAAGAAGCUGUCGACAGUGUGUACAAUUUGAGACAAAUUGAAUAUUACGGCUUCUUUUUGUGCUGUGAGAAAUGUCGGGGUUUUUUAAAUAAAAAAGAUUGUGUAAAUAUUGC